GCCUCCUGGCCCCUCCUGCCGCCUUCCUAAUCCGCCUGUCUCACUUCCUUUGAGAGCUUUCCAGCACGCACUGAGCUUUCCCUUGGCGAGGCCCUCCUGACAACGGAGCAGACAAUUGCCAUAGAGACCGGGAACAGCUCAACCCAAGCCAACACAACAGUCAAACUAGGAUCCCAGGUUGGCAAGAAAAAGCAAGCAAGCAAGCAACAUUUACAGAUCCUUUUUCUCCCAUAACAAGAACUGCGGCAUGGAGGGAGCAGGCACUGGAACGAUUGCCAAACUCAGAGCAAAGUGCUUGGAAAGAGGAGCUUCUGGAAUUAAGGGACUAGCCAGAUUUUUCCGCAUCAUGGAUGAUAAUGGCAGCAAAACUUUGGAUCUGGAGGAAUUUGUGAAGGGUCUCCAGGAUGCUGGGGUCCCUUUGGAAAGAGGUGAAGCGGAGGAGAUUUUCAUCCUCUGUGAUAAAAAUAAGAGUGGUACUCUGGACUUCACUGAGUUCCUGCAGGCCCUGCGGCCUCCCAUGUCCAACACCAGGAAAGACAUAAUUGCAAAGGCAUUCCAGAAACUGGACAGGACUGGUGAUGGGUUGGUGACGGUGGAGGAUCUUCGUGGGGUUUACAACAGCCAGUCCCACCCCAAGUUCAAGAGUGGAGAGUGGACAGAAGAUCAGGUUUUCAGUGCCUUUCUGGAGAGCUUUGAUUCCCCUGAUGACAAGGAUGGGAAGAUCACAUCUGAGGAAUUCCUGAACUACUACAGUGGAGUAAGUGCCUCUAUUGACAGUGAUGACUAUUUUGUCGACAUGAUGAAAGCGGCAUGGAAGCUGUAGAGGAAUCAGGUGUCUGCAUUCCCUCCUGAAGCAUAGUCAACUUUGCAUAAAACGUUCUGUACUAAACUGGAAUUUCCUGGGACAUUCUAGUGCAAAGUAGGUUUAUGACUUUGGCUAACAAGAAUCCAGCUUUUACAUGCAGCAGACAGAUGAUUAAAAGAAAGAGGUCCCUCUAAAUUGCCUUCUAUUAAGAUGCUGUAAUAGAAAGUUAACUAUAGCAGAGGGGAAUCUGGCUCUCCUCUGACUUCUAUCCUUCUUUUUUUCUGAGUUUUCUACUUAAGGGCUUUUUAGAAAUCACUAAACUAUGACUUCCAACUAAUGCUGGUCAAAGACCAUAAUAAUGGAGUUCAAGAUCCCUCUUGGCCACAAUGGCUGGGAUUUGCUGGGAGCUGUAGUUUGUCAGCUCUCUGGAGAGACACAAGUUCCCAGUCCCUGAAGACUUAUUCUCUACACAGAACAUUAGCAUUUUCUAACUUAGCUGCUAUGGGUUUGUCUAUUGGUGCAGGACUCUACAACUUAAUUCUUGUUAUGCAUACUGUAGACCAGAAUAAUGGGUUAAACUUUUAUAUACUUUCCUGGAAAUGGUUAGACUUGUUCCUGAAU